GACACUGCUGAUCACUUAUUUUGGCCAUUUAUUUGACUUGAGAUUGAAGUACCUGAAACCCCAAAAAGUCGUCUGAUACAGUUACUUUGGAAUCUGACCCAGCCAUGAUGCCAGUUGCAUGCCCGUUUCUGGUUCAGAUACAACAGCUGUGUAUCUUUUGCAGGAGCCCGGGGUGGGGCCAUGGUGCCGAGCCAGUUGUGGGGGAGACUGGAGAAGCCACUUCUCUACCUGUGCUGCGUCUCCUUCUUCCUGGGGCUGGCUCUGCUGGGCAUAUGGCCAGAUAUCGUCCCCGUUGCUUCUUUCUUUCUGACCUUGGGUGGCUUCUGCUUGUUGGCCUGCCUCCUGGCCUGUUUUCUGAAAUGGGUGUUCCAAUUGGUGCAGCCAGCAAUGCAGCCGGAGAGCCCAGGGGCCUCAGGCAAUGCUCGAGACAAUGAAGCCUUUGAGGUGCCACCCUAUGAAGAGGCUGUGGUGUUGGAGUCACAGCGUUGCCCCCAAGAGUUGGAUCAACCACCUCCCUACAGCAGCGUUGUAAUCCCCCCAGGACUUGUAGAGGGUCAGCCUGGCCAUCCAGAGGGGCCCAGGAGAGCAAGAACAGAAAGGCGAGGGGGCUCAGAGGGCUCUAUGACCCCAGGAAGCCCUGGAGGAGCUCCAAUCAGCCUUCGGCUUCGGGGACCACGAGUCGUAUCCACUGCUCCUGACCUGCAGAGCUUGGGCACACUCCCCAUAUUGGAGUCGCUCCCAAAAUUGGAGCCUCUUACUCCACCCCCUGACUAUGAUGUCAGCUUUGGUGACCCUGAUAAUGACAAUGUUUUUUAUGAAGAUAACUGGACACCCCCGUAAGACUUUCCCAGGAUAUAUC